AGUGAAAAAGUUCAUUUCACUUCACUCAGUGUUCAGCUUGUCGCCGGUCGGAUCGUUCGUAAUUACGCAGCAGAGAAAAAUCGUGUAGUGAGGAGCCGUCGUAGUGCGUGGCAUUAAUUUCACCACACCAGUCAACCAUCCACCAGAGAGCAUCAUAGAACGGCUUCUCGGAAGACCAGCAUACGAUUGCAUAACGCCCAAGUUAGAACAAAACGCCUCGUUGCAACGUAAAUGCACAAAUUUAAUUCGGUCACUGUGAGGUAGAGUUGGAUUCUGUCGGUCGCGCGAGUAAAGUACAAAAAGUGAACAAUAGUGAACGCGAAGAAAACGCUAAUUCGAUUUUCCACGGCAAUUGAAGUUUGAAGUAGUUAUCACCAUGAGAGAAAUUGUGCAUCUGCAAGUUGGCCAGUGCGGAAAUCAGAUUGGAUCGAAGUUCUGGGAAAUCAUCUCAGACGAGCAUGGCAUCGAUCCGACCGGUCAUUACCACGGCGACAAUGACCUCCAGCUGGAACGCAUCGAUGUCUACUACACCGAGGUCAACGGAAACAAGUACGUGCCCCGUGCCGUCCUUAUCGAUCUGGAACCCGGCACCAUGGACUCCGUUCGUCAGUCACCUUAUGGUGCUCUUUUCCGGCCAGAUAACUUUGUAUACGGACAAUCGGGUGCAGGUAACAAUUGGGCCAAAGGUCACUACACAGAGGGAGCCGAGCUGGUUGACAAUGUGCUUGACGUGAUACGCAAAGAGUCCGAAGGCUGUGACUGUCUGCAGGGAUUCCAGCUGGCACAUUCACUCGGCGGUGGCACCGGGUCCGGUAUGGGAACUUUACUUAUUUCCAAAAUUCGCGAAGAAUACCCAGACCGGAUAAUGAACACAUUCUCUGUCGUGCCUUCUCCAAAGGUUUCAGAUACUGUUGUAGAACCGUACAAUGCCACUCUGUCCAUCCAUCAGUUAGUUGAGAACACCGACGAAACGUUCUGUAUCGACAACGAAGCCCUCUACGACAUCUGCUUCCGUACGCUAAAGCUUACUUCGCCCACAUACGGCGAUCUGAACCAUCUAGUCUCUGUCACAAUGUCCGGCGUGACGACGUGUCUGCGUUUCCCCGGUCAGUUGAAUGCCGAUUUGCGCAAACUGGCUGUCAACAUGGUUCCAUUCCCUCGGUUACAUUUCUUCAUGCCCGGAUUCGCCCCACUCACUGCCAAGGGCUCGCAGCAGUACCGCGCCCUCUCCGUGCCCGAACUGACCGCCCAGAUGUUCGACGCGAAGAACAUGAUGACGGCCUGCGAUCCCAGACACGGACGGUACCUGACGUGUGCCGCCAUCUUCAGAGGAGUCAUGUCCAUGAAGGAAGUCGACCAGCAGAUGCUGAACAUCCAGAGCAAAAACAGCAGCUACUUCGUGGAAUGGAUCCCGAACAACGUGAAGGUCGCCGUCUGUGACAUCGCCCCGCGUGGUCUCAAGAUGUCGGCGACGUUCAUCGGAAACACCACUGCCAUUCAGGAGAUCUUCAAGCGCAUUUCCGAACAGUUCACGGCCAUGUUCAGACGGAAGGCUUUCCUCCACUGGUACACCGGCGAGGGAAUGGACGAAAUGGAAUUCACCGAGGCCGAGUCCAACAUGAACGAUUUGAUCUCGGAAUACCAACAGUACCAGGAAGCGUCCGUGGAUGACUACGAGGAUGGCGAGGAUGUGAUCGAAGAGGAAGCGGACCAACACAUGGAGUAGAGAGAGUAGAGUAACUUCGGCCAAGCCGGAAUGAUAUAUACGUUGCCUUCUGUUGAAACGAGGGGAAAUGUUUUCCAUUUAUAAAAUAAAGUUAUGAAAAAAAGAUUCGUUUAAUUAAAUUAUCACCAGAUGAAGAUUGUAUUUAAUUUCAAUCAAAUAAAUAUUGGCCAUUAAUAAUAA